ACGCUGAUGGUAAAAGUUUUUUUUUACAGGAUUUAUACACACAUAUAAAAGCUAAUAAGUUUUUGCGAAAGUCUUUAAGUAAAUUUUAUACAAAUUAUAAACGCGGCCCAAAAAUGUCUUUCAAAGGCAACACAAAAGUACAAAAGGUGAUGGUACAACCCAUUAACCUGAUCUUUCGUUAUUUGCAAAAUCGUUCCCGCGUUCAAGUGUGGCUAUAUGAAAAUAUCAAUUUACGUAUCGAAGGACACAUUGUGGGUUUUGAUGAAUACAUGAAUCUGGUGCUCGACGAUGCCGAAGAGGUCUGGGUGAAGACAAGAACCCGCAAAAAUCUGGGACGUAUAAUGCUGAAAGGCGAUAAUAUCACGCUAAUACAAAAUGUAAGCCCCUCGAAAGAUUGAGGUUAGGCUAACCAAGUAAAAGAAAAUAGCAGCAACAACAAAUGUAACGAUGCCGGAGAUUGGAAACAUAUAAACAAUAGCUGUUAGUACUGAUAUGAAAAGUGAAUAGAAUUUAAGUUUCUUAUAAAAUUAUUCUUCAUUUCGUAAACGUAAGCAAGAGUCCAUUGAUUAUUGAAGGAACAUAUACAAUAGGAUUUCUUCCUUUUUGGUUUUCUGUAUCUUUAAUUUUUAUAUCUGAAGUAUUUCCAUGCAUUGUAUGAAUGUAAGUACAUAUAUGUAAUUCAAUCAUUUAUACUUA